AUGGAGAAUUGUUCGCGAGUGUCCUCAUAUCCAAAGAUUGCUCACACCUCAACAGAUGGCCCCAUUACUUAUGUUAUUGGGCACAAAAAUCCAGACAGUGACAGCGUUCUAUCCGCCAUAUCGUAUACAGCCCUACUAAGGCAGCUAUACCCGCAGAACUUUUAUGUUGCUGCCGCUGCGGGCCCAAUCACGGCCCAGACACGCUAUAUUCUGGACCGCUUCAAGAUGGAUCAUCCGGAAAUAGUUCUAGACAUCACGCCCAAGGCCGGUGCGUUUGCACGCCCUAACCUAAUAACCAUCAACGAGACAGACAGCAUAGUCCGCGCCUUGGAGCUUUAUGCCAAGUUUCAGUUCAAGGUCAUCCCCGUGGUGAACGCCGAAGGCUCAUUUGGCGGGUUUCUCUCCUUGACGGAUAUCUUUAGUGCCUUUCUCCGGCCGCGUACUGAACGAGAACUUCGGAUGGUUUAUACAAGCGUGGGAUCUAUCCUGAAUGCAGUGAGGGGGAAGUAUCUCGGAAAGGUAUCCCUUGUGAAUGACGUGCCCACUCACCGGCUCAUUUACACGCUCUCUAUUAGCUACUCGUCUUUCAUCGAGCUCACUGCCUCUAUGACCCCUGAAGACUGGAAGAUAGGCAUCUUUGUCGUUGGAUACCACAUAAACAUGAUUCGAUACCUAGUAGAGAAGUCGGCCGGGGUCAUAAUUAUCUCUAAGGAGAGCAAAAUCAACCUGAUGACCGAUGAUUACCAGGGCAUAGACUUCUGUAGCGAUUCCGAAAACGAUAUGGACGACGUUGACAGCCAGAGUCACGAGCUCGGCGUUUGUUUGCAUGGAAGCGGCAUUGGCGACAUGGAAUCUAGUCGCAACUCUGCUGUGCUGAACGUUUCCUUCUCUGAGGACUCCUCACACAUGGUGAUUAAGCCAGACGACUGCCUUAAUUUAUCUGGGUACAACAGUUCGUCGCACAAUGUUCAUGACGCCGGAGAGGUUGCAAGUAUUGGCGAGGCCAAUCUACACACUUUCAGCAAAAAGCGCAAGGCUCUUCCUGAUGAUCUGGUGAAGGCCAUAAAUGAGUCAUCGACCACUGUCAUAGUGACCCCGCUUGCAGUGUCCUCUACCACACUUCUAGUGAAACAAUCUACGCCCAUAACAGAAUACAUCAAUCGUGACCAGAGUCUUGUUGUCAACGAAAACGCGAAGCUCUCUGACGUAAGGGCAAAACUCAAUACGGCAAAGCACGCUCAUGCUAUCUGUGUUGUGGACAAGGCGAACAAUCGCCCUAUAGGCGUCAUCACUAGAAUGGAUCUCCUCAAGUCUAAGAUGCGCAGAGUAAUUCUGAUGGACCACAACGAAUUUAGCCAGUCCGUUGAUGGCAUCAAGAGUGAUGGAGUGGAAGUUGUGGAGAUCGUCGACCAUCAUCGCCUGGGGACAAACACCACGGUAACUCCCAUUAAGAUGACCGUCCGUACAGUUGGGAGUACAUGCACUAUUGUUGCAGGGAUGUACAAGGAGUAUGGUAUAGUUCCAUCAAUAGAGGUCGCUAGCCUCCUUCUCAGUGGGAUAAUGUGCGACACAUUGAUCUUGCGGUCUCCUACGACAACGCGAAUAGAUGUCGUCACAGCCGAACACCUAGCAAAGCUAACAGGACUACGAAUUCAAGAAUUAGGACCCUCAAUCUUCAACGCGACAUCGCCCUUAGUUAACUGCGAAGAUAAAGUGAAGCUUAUUAAGACAGACUACAAACUCUACACAGUUGAUGGGACAGAUAAAAACAUUUCAGUUGCCCAGGUGGAAACAACCUCUUUAGAAGCUCUCACGCCCACUCUAAUAAAGGAGCUCCAGGAAACAUUGAUGGAUUUGCGUAAAGUAGAGAAGCUAUGGGCGAUUGCCCUUUUGAUCACAGACGUAGUUACAUCCAACUCUAUCCUCAUGUGCGAAGGACCUAUCGAGAUAAAGGAUGUCAUGGGAUAUCCUAAUUAUGAAGAUUACGACAUGCUUUUCGAAAUGAAGGGCGUGGUUUCCAGAAAGAAGCAGUUGCUGCCUCACCUUAUGACAGUGCUUCCUCUUGCUGUGAAUUGA